UGGAGCUCUGAGGGAGCAGUGUCAUUCGACAUGAGGAUCUGUCUAGCUAUAGCUGCGGUGACUUUCUUGCUGCCGGUGUUUGUAUCAGGCGACCUUCAAUGUCCUGAUGGAAAACUUGAUGAGGACGAGAUCUAUGAUGAAAUCCUGGGCGUUCUUAGAAAUGCAAGAGGAAGCCUAAAGGAUGGGCUUGUAAAAAACGGUCCCGAUGGAGAUUAUUUACCAGAGGCGUGGGACAUGGAAAAUUUGAAAUGGAGUUGUGAGCUAGAAAAGACAGCUAUGAGCGUUCUGGGAAACUGCGACGAUGAAAUUGAUGAGGUCGAUAGCAGUAAGCGAGCACAUGGCAAAGCGGAGAUCUAUUCUUGGAGGGUCCCCAAGAAUUCUGACUCUGAUUCGGACAUAGGCGAUGCGCUGAAAUCGUUCGUAGGCACUAUUGCUAAUGAGGAACUGCGGGAUGUCAGUAGCAAUGGGAUCAAAUUCAGCGGCGAAGGUGAGGCAAUGGCCAAAUACGCAAACCUCAUGAGAGCGAGUACGACCGAGAUAGGAUGCGCUAUGGAAGAAUGCGACUAUUAUGGCGAUAUUUACGUUACUUCGUACUGUGUCACCAAUCAGUCGCCACUUGGUGCCGGCGAUUACAUCAGUGGACCAGCAUGUGCAUUAGACGAAGAUGAAGUGCAGGACGAUAUUCUUCCAACAAUAAGAAAAUCUAGAGGACAGCUACAGAAUGGAUUGCAACAAAACGGUCAUGAUGGAGAAAUGUUACCAGCUGCUCCGGACAUGCAAACGUUGACUUGGAGUUGCGAACUGGAAAAGCAAGCUAGAAUUGCCUUGACCAGUGGUGAACAGUGUCCACAAGGUGAUCAUGUCGCGGAAUUCGAAAACGCUUUAAAAGAUAAAGCAGGAAUCUUCCAUGGGGAAUACGUGGACAGCAACGACAAAAUAAAAACCAUCACCGAAGUACUGGCUUCGUUUUUGAGCAACAUAAACAAUGAACCACUCACAGAUGUCAGCAACGGGAUCAAGUACAGUGGAGAACCGAAUUUGGGAGAAUAUGCUAAUCUCGUAAGGGCGAAUACGACCGAGAUAGGCUGCUGGAAAACAGAAUGUCCAGAACCAGACAGUAGCUAUGUGUACUUUUCUGUGUACUGUAUCACCAACUCGCCGCCACUUGAAAGUGGAGAAGACAUAUAUGAACCCGAGACGACUACGACUACAACUACUACAACGACGACUACAACAACUACGACUACAACCACCACAACGACUACCACAACGACAACGCCAACUACGACAACUACCACAACCACUCUGCCACCGACGACAACUAUCACAAGCACUCUGCCACCUACGACGACUAUCACAAGCACUCUGCCGACUACGACAAGUAGCACAACUACGCUAAAGCCGACAACUAGCACAUCAACUACACCAACGACAAAACGCCCUUCGUCUACUUCGCCAAGCACUAAAAAAUCGACAACACCGUGUCCAACUUAUCCUCACACGACAUCUAAUACCACGACACCUAAAACCACUAAACCAAAGCGCUCGACCACGCCCUGUCCAACAUAUCCAACAACGAAAAAACCAAAGACCACGACUCCUUGUCCUACACUGCCACCGGGUGCAAGAGCUAAGAGGGAAGCUCGAGCAAAUUACACUUCUUUCAUAAAGGAAAAAGCGUUGUUCCCCAAGGCUGAACUAGAUGACAAAGGAAUUUGUCCUGACAAUUUUAUGACGAACACUCUUAGAACUCGCUUCCUUGAAAUGCAUAAUUACCGCAGAGCUUUGCUUGCACUUGGGAAGCUCAGAACGCGUGCUGGGAAGUAUCUAUCGCAAGCUCAGAAUAUGUUCAAAUUAAGAUACGAUUGCAAAUUAGAAGAGAAAGCAGCGCUUUACGCUGGUCAAUGUCCAGAGAGAAGAUCCCGCGCAAGUACCAGGAAAGGAAAUGGAGAGAAUUUCUUGAGAAUCAGAGAUGAUAUCGGCGACUUUGUGGAUGCUGUUAACGCUACCGUUAGCAUAUGGUGGAGAGGUGCGAGAAGAUUUGGUGCACUCAAUCCUCCAAUUUUAAUAAAUUCGCAUCAUUUCGGUCCUCGCUUGUUCUCCUUCUCCCAAAUGGCUUGGGCGACGACACGGUAUAUCGGCUGUUCUAUUGUCAAAUGUUCAUCGUCGUAUGUAUCAGUUUGCAGAUAUCAACCAAGGGGUAAUAUGCUCAAAGAACUCGUCUACAAGCCAGGAAAUACUUGCACUGAUUGCUUCGUUGGAAGUAAAUGCAUUGAAGAGCUGGGACUCUGUGACUAGAAAAGAAGGAAGAAUUUAUCGAUUUUCACGGUUUUUGUUUUAUUUUUACAAUUUGUUCAAUUUUUCUGUCGGCAGGAAUUAUUGAAAUAAACAUUGAUACAGCUCAUGC